GUUUACGACACAAGGAAGGAUGUACGGCAGGCUGCUUGGACAGCCACUACCGCUAAGGGCAUAUAGUGUAGUCAACAUUUCCCCUUGACUAUUAUAUAAUUUCUAUACACUUAUCAGAUCGACACGUCGACGUCGGGUUUUCACAACUUCUCUCACAUGGCCAACCCACUAAAAAGUGAAGUUAUUAGGCUAUACAAAAACUUGCUGUAUCUCGGCCGGGACUACCCUGAAGGAUCAGCCUUUUUCCGACAGCGCCUAAAAUCGGCCUUCAUGAAGAAUAAAGAUGUGACGGACCCGGAACAGAUCAGAAAACUUGUGGGACGUGGGGAGUUUGUUAUCAAGGAGCUGGAGGCUCUCUAUUUUCUCAAGAAAUACAGAGCCAUGAAGAAGAGGUACUAUGAACCGGAAAAGUAAUUAACACACAACUUUACCAUAAUUAUUCACAUUUCACGUUUAUAUAUGAUCAUUCAACAGUGUUUUAAUUGUACAUUGUAAUUUAUUAGUACGAACAAAACAGCCAUCCAGCCAUACAUUAUCUGUGAGGAUUUUGAUUUGCCACAGAGGUCAUGUCAUGUUAUGUAAUGUACAUGGGAAUUUUGUGUGAACAGGGUUUGUGACUAAUGAAUGUAAAUGUUUGUACGUUUAGCCUGUAUAUUUGUAAGUACAGUCUUAUAUUUAAAAUUGUACAAGAAAAAUUAAAACAACGCGUGUUAAUUAAACAGGUGUAAACAGUGUGUUA